GUAUAGCACAAUAUGAUUAAUAACAAAUGAAAUGACUAAUAGCGAAUUAAAUUCAAAUAAAUUAAUGGGCACCGAUACACUUUGAAAUCGCUGUUUUAGUAAAGUAUAAAAGUGACAAAUCAAGUAACAUCAUCUUUUGCUUUGCUUUGUAUAUAGUCAGCAGUGCGCACCAAUGCGUUCAGUCGAUUUUCCCAUAAAUUUCCGGGCGGUAUCUUUUUUUUAUAAACAUGACGUUGCACGUCGCACGCUAGUAGGUGCAAGAGGCCGAUUACACCUACUCAUGCUGAUUUGCUAAAACAAACCCGAUAACGGUAUAUAAUGUGGGCACUCCGUGAAAAACAUCGCUGAGUAGUCUCGUAGGGACAGAAAGUCAAAGGGUAUAAGAAGAAGAAGAGUAGUCUCGUUCCAAUUAAGCUUACGUGUCGCCCAUACAUAACGCAUAUCAUGACAUUGCGAAUCACGAGCAUCAUUGCUCUGUGCGUCCUGCUGAACGACGCAUAUAAAUUCGACGAUGGAGCGAAGCGUAUCUGGAGCAACGAAGAAAAGCCGAUUCUCGCUGUGGCAAAAAAUACAAAGGAGCUGUACCAAUUAGUCGAGUUCCCGGCGCGUUUACUUUGGCUUGAUAAUGCUCAAGAUGUUCAUCCGAGUUCCCUUACCAAAGAUGUAGAGGACCUGUCACCAGCUUUAAAGGCUAGAUACGUCGUUAAUCAAGCUGAUUGGGCAGCCAUAGCGACAAUAAGCACAAGGAAAAAUGUUGAAAGCUAUCCCGUUGCAAAUGUAAUCUCCAUCGCCGACGGGCCUGUUGGAAGCGGUACUGGAAUACCGUACAUGUAUUUCACCCCUCGCGCCUAUUCCAGUCAGGAUCUCCAAAAAGAUCAUCGCGCGACUCUCCUGAUGACGCUAGCUCAAGGCGACUAUUGCAAGAAUAAAGGAUAUGAUCCACUGGACCCACGAUGUGUUAGAGUUAUGCUAACUGGAAAAAUUGUGGCAUUGAAAAAUGGCACCAAAGAACAUGAUGCCGUAGAGCAAUUUUUUUUCAGUCGUCACCCGGAAAUCAAAUCCGCACCCAAAAAUCACGAGAACUAUCCCGCCAAGUUGAAGAUAUCAGCGAUCGCCAUGCUGGACGACUUCGGUGGAGCAAAAUACAUUUCCGUCGAGGAUUACUUCAAUCCGUCCAGUUCAAUCAACCAACCUCUCUAUUAUUCUACAUUUGGUGAAAGGCUUUUGAUGAAUUUACUUCCAAACUCAAUGCUUAGUAAUUAAGCAUAUUCUGUUAGAAUUUGAUUAGAUCCUGACAGUUUGAAGUCAUAGGUCUCCUAUGGAAAUUGUAGCACAAGCAACAAAAGGAAUGCUUUUAAUUAGUUUUUAAAAACUAAUCUAAUCUAAAUGUGCUUCUUCAGUUUUUAUUUUUGCGCGUAGCAUACGAGUAUAUUUUGCUGUAAUUAUUUCUGUAUAAUUUCGGUGUAAAUAAAUCUCAAUGUAAAAAUCAA